AUGGUUAAUGUUCAUAAAGGAAUUCUCGUCAAGUGUGACCCUGCUAUGAAACAAUUUCUCCUACAUUUAGCAGAAAAUUUAGUUUUGGGCAAAAAUUUCGUACAUACGGAUUUAGAUGACUAUCAUUUGUUUAUCGAUGCAGAUAUUCUUAGUAAACUUCAAGAGAAAGUAGAUGGUCUGAUGGAGAGUUUAUCUUUUCCAAUGACUGUUGAAAAUGAUUGA